UAUCUCGUCUUGUCUAUCACACAAGUGCACACAAGUCCGGACGUCAUUCUAUCCGUGGUGUUCGUCCAGUUGACAAUUUUCGAAUCUACAAUUGCACGUAGUUUGUUCUUUAUUUUUCUUGUCCAUUAAAUCCUAUUAAAUCACUCAACAAUGAUACGCGUGUCGAAGUUUCUGACAGUUGCUCCAAAAAAUCUGAAGAAACUUGCUGAGUUGAACUCGAGAUGUCUCGCAACUCAGGCAUCGUUGAAAGCAGCCAAGGCAGAAAAGUCUGACAGCAAAGCAGCUCUGAAAGAGUCCCAGUCAUUUACAAUGAACAUCUUUCGUGGGCAAGCCCAAACGAAUCAAGUAUUUCCAUUUCCUGAACCACUGACCGGGGAACAGACCGAAACUCUAAAAGCACUUGUCGAUCCAAUAGAAAAAUUCUUUGAGGAUGUGAACGACCCGGUAAAGAAUGACGACACCGCAACGAUCGACGAGAAGACAUUAUCCGCCCUUUGGGAACUCGGUGCCUUUGGCCUUCAAGUGCCUCAAGAAUAUGGUGGACUAGGUUUAAAUAAUACACAGUACAGUCGACUAGUCGAAAUUGUAGGAUAUCAUGAUUUAGGUGUCGCAAUUACAUUAGGAUCACACCAAAGUAUCGGGUUUAAGGGUAUUCUUUUGUUUGGGACACCCGAGCAAAAAGCCAAAUAUCUUCCCCGAGUGUGCAAUGGCGAGUACGCUGCAUUCUGUCUAACGGAACCAAGCUGCGGCUCCGAUGCUGGCGCUAUUCGCUCCAGAGCUGUUAAAUCAAAAGAUGGAUCUCACUACAUUUUGAAUGGAAGCAAAAUUUGGAUUUCUAACGGAGGGAUGGCAGAAAUCAUGACCGUCUUUGCCCAGGUGCCAGUGACGGAUCCAGUGACGGGCGAGACAAAAGACAAGGUUACAGCUUUCAUCGUCGAGAGAUCAUUCGGUGGGGUGACGAACGGGCCCCCAGAGAAGAAAAUGGGAAUCAAGUGUAGUAACACUGCCGAAGUAUUUUACGAAGACGUAAAAAUCCCAGCAGAAAACGUCAUCAACGGAGAAGGACAGGGAUUCAAGGUGGCUAUGAAUAUUUUAAACAAUGGGAGAUUUGGCAUGGCAGCGGCUCUGUCAGGAACGAUGCGUUACUGUAUGAAGAAGGCACUGGAUCAUGCCACGCAGCGAAUUCAGUUUGGGCGCAGAAUUGACAGUUAUGGCAGCGUUCAGGAAAAAAUUGCUCGCAUGUCGAUGCUGCACUACGUCACCAACUCCCUCGCCUACAUGAUCUCUGGUAACAUGGACUCGGGAAGUCAGGAUUACCACUUGGAAGCUGCGAUCUCGAAGUGCUUCGCGUCGGAAUCGGCAUGGUGGAUCUGCGACGAGGCGAUUCAGAUAAUGGGCGGAAUGGGAUACAUGAAAGGAACGGGUCUCGAGCGAGUGAUGCGCGACUUGCGUAUAUUCAGGAUCUUCGAGGGAACAAACGACAUCCUUCGUCUAUUCGUAGCGCUAACUGGAAUCCAGUACGCAGGGAGUCACCUGCAGGAGCUGCAGAAGGCGUUCAAGAACCCAACGGCGAAUCUUGGAUUGAUCGUCGAAGAAGCGGCCAAAAGGGCGAGUCGAGCGGUCGGUUUGAGCUCACCGCCAGACUUUUCCCAGUCGGUUCAUCCUGACCUGAGAAACAGCGCGGCACUCUGCGCGAAGGGUAUAGAGGCGUACGGCCAGACCGUGGAAUCGUGCCUGAUAAAGUACGGAAGGAAGAUCGUGGACGAACAGUUUAUCCUCAAUCGCCUGGCUCAAGCCGCAUUCGAUACCUACACGAUGUCCGUGGUGAUGAGCAGAGCGACCAUGUCGGCCAAGAAGAAUCUUCCGAGUGCCCCUCACGAGCUGCUGAUGGCCCAAACCUGGUGCGCCGAGGCAUCGAACCGCGUGACCGACAAUCUCGCAAUAGUCAAUUCCGCAAAGCACUUGGACACGUUCUCGAAGAUGAGCAAGAUCUCACGUAACGUGUGCGAGAACGUGGACUAUACUCAAUUGAAUCCGCUCGGUUUCUAAAGGGAGCGACUCGAUGGAUUUUCGCAACCGCCACGUUGCUGCGGACCAACGAGAACUUAACUAAUCGGCACGAUUUAAACCCGGGAAACCGUAUUGUACUAUAAUCUCGUGGGUCGGGUGCAAGAGACAAACGCCUCGAAGAUGACGUCAAAGAGACCGAGAUUCCAGGUCUUGUUGACCUCCGUCGCUGCGCGUCCUUGUACCCACGACAUGUACAUAUAUACAUACGUGAAACAUUUUUUAAAGAGUUUUCAGAGAGAAUUUAUUUUGUACAAUCAAUAUUUAGAUGAGGAGAGAUCGAUCGAGACAACUCGCGCGAUUUAUUAACGAGAAUGCCGUCAAGGCGGGUCUUUCGAAUCGUGGUUCUCUUGGAAAAUCUGAGAAUAUCGUUGCGAAGGGUCCGAGCACACACGCCUCGUCGAUGUAUCAAUCCAUAUUAUUUAUUCAUUGCCUGUUCGUCUCACAGAAUAAUAAAAUAACCGUUUAAGUAACAAGACUA